UACUUUCAAAAGCCUAAAAUUUAGUAAAUAUUAUUGACAUAGAAAGUUUAUCCUUUAUGAACAAUAUCUUACGAAAUUUACGUUCUGGACGUUUGUCAUUUACAAUUUUUGUUGAAAAUUUGUUAAACUUGAGUGAACGAUCAGUUAGUACAGAGGUGUACAUAUUGGUAGUAUUCAUGUAAAUUCAUGUGUAAGCGUCAAUUCAUGUAAAUUCAUGUGUAAGCUAUCACAACUUGGAAUAAUGUCUUCAGCUUCAAUUUCACUUCCAAGCUCUAAAACAACUCCAUCAAAAGAAGCAGAAAAGAAACUAAAACCUUGCUGUGCCUGUCCUGAAACGAAAAAAGAAAGAGAUGCCUGCAUAAUGGAAAAGGGAGAAAUCAAUUGUCAAAGCUUGAUUGAGGCUCAUAAACAGUGCAUGAGGCAACAUGGAUUCAACAUAUGACAGUGUCAAGGUCAAUUGGACUUGUUGUCGUGUGUAUAGUCAAGGAUGUUGUAAAAGCAAUUAGUAAUAUUUAUCAACUUGUCAUGUCAUAGUUAAUUCUAGGGUGAACAUAUGCUUGCAAUAUGUUUUGUAGAUUUUUGUUAUACUUUGACAUUUAAAAAUUAAAAUAUAAUUAAUAAAUGUGAA